CUUUGGAAGACAAAUGACAGUCAAACUUACAGUAAUGAAGUUGAGUCAAAGCAACUGGACUUAAAAUCUUCUUCCUUGAAUGUUUCAAGGAACAAACUUAGAUGAACGAGAGGCUUCCCUGACCAGUAAUGAAAGCAGAAAAGAGAAUCUCCCUCUGGGUGAAUAUACAGUUCCUGCACACAUUCCUCCAGGCCUCUUGGUCGUAGUGUCUCUGCAUGCCAGACGCUCUUCUGGAUUUCUUUGCGGUGCCGCUCUCUGCUGAACACGUUCCUGCCUGCAAAGAUGAAUCUCUUGAUGGUGGAUUAGUGGAUUAAAGCGCGUCUCGUGCACAUAUCAAUAAAGAGGGCACAGCAGGUCAGUUAUUUGCACUGUAGGACUUUAUCAUGAUGAUUCAGGGAUUUCCACUCUAUGGCCUGGAUCAGGACUCUUGGCAGCCAUGCUGGCACAUUAAAUCCCCUCUCAAUGAAAAAACGGCUGCAGUGGGAUCUGCUAACCCUUUGAUUGAGGUUUAUAUAGCGCAGCGUUGGUCCUGCUUUGGGAAGAAACCGUUUCCAUCUGUGACAGGCUGCAGGACUUUCCCAGGAUGAGCAGUAAGAUCAUCUUCUACGAGGACAGGAACUUCCAGGGCAGCUCCUAUGAGUGCGACACCGACUGCCCCGACAUGCACCCCCACUUCAGCCGCUGCAACUCUAUCAAGGUGGAGAGCGGCUGCUGGGUUCUCUAUGAAAAACCAAACUACACAGGCUACCAGUAUGUCCUGACCAGAGGGGAGUACCCAGACUACCAGCGCUGGAUGGGCUACAACGACACCAUCCGGUCUUGCCGUACCUUCUCCUAUACCAGUGAGGGGCCUUACCGCAUCCGCAUCUACGAGCGCCCCAACUUCCAGGGUCAGAUGAUGGAGUUCAGCGAAGACUGUGAAUCCACUCAGGAGCGUUUCCGAAGCCGUGACAUCUACUCCUGCAACGUCAUGGACGGCUAUUGGACCCUCUAUGAGCACCCCAACUACAGGGGCCGCCAGUACUUCAUGAGGCCCGGAGAGUACCGCAAGUUUAGUGACUGGGGGGCCACCUGUGCCACCACCGGCUCCUUCCGCAGAAUCACUGAUUUUUAAUCAGUUUCUGGACAUUCAGGUUAAUCCCUGCUCACGCUAGCACAAGGAUGACCUUGUUAUGAAGAACUCAAUAAAUGGAGCUGCAUGAAACCA